GAAACCCCCAUUUUAAAAACCUCCCCCUUACUUUACCUACUUGUCUGUCUCUGCACCAAAAUUCCCUCUUUCUCUCUCUUAAAGCUUCCACUAACAAACGCUGAUUUUCUCGGGAAACAAACACCAGCGCAUGGCGACCGAGAACUCGAGCAAUCCUCCUCAGCCUCCGUCACCGGCUCAAUCUCUCCCUCAGUACCCAGAGAUGAUAAUGGCGGCGAUCGAGUCUCUGGACGAGGAAGGCGGCUCCAACAAGUCGUCGAUCGCGAAGCACAUCGAGGAGACGUGCGGAAACCUCCCGGCGGCUCACACGACGCUCCUCGCGCACCACCUCAACAGGAUGAGGCAGAGCGGCGAGCUUGUUCUGGUUAAGAACUGCUACAUGAAGCCUGAUCCCAACGCGCCGCCACGGAGGGGACGCGGACGUCCGCCCAAGCCAAAGGCUCCUCUCCCGACGGGAUCCGCCGUGGCUUCGCCGAGGCCACGUGGCAGGCCGCCGAAGCCGCGAGAUCCGUUCUCUCCGCCUCCUUCGCAGAAGAAGAGUCCCGGCAGCGGCCGGCCACGCGGCCGUCCGCCGAAGAAGGCCAAAACAGCUCCUUCGGCGGCGUCGGCUCCGAGCGACGGCGCGCCGAGAGGGAGAGGAAGGCCGCCGAAGGUGAAGCCGGCCGUGGCUUCUGUGGCUUGUUGAGUUAGGUUUUUUAGGGCUGUUUUGUUUAGAGUGACUUUAAUUAAGAGCGAGAGACUGAUUAUGAUUAUGAUCUAUUAGACUUCUUUUUUUAGGCUUAAUUUGGCUAAUUUGUGUUUUAUCCUUAUCCUUAAUCUCAUUUUAAAUUUUUAUUAUUAUUUUUUUUAAUUUGGUCUGUGUAUUAGGUGGUGAAUGUUGUGAGGAUUGUACUGUUGGUGGUGGGAGGGUCUUCUUAUGUGACUGUAAUUGUGAUGUAAAUUGUUUUCAGCGGCUGUUUAGGCU